AUGAUGAGCACGGCACACUUUAUUCAAAUCUUUACAUUUUUUCUCAUUACCGCCACAGUCUUAUCAUCAUCCGCUCCCAGUGGCUUCAGCAUCGACUUAUUCCAACGUCGCUCUAAUAAUACACACGAGCUCGGAUCAUCUCCUUACGCCGAUACCGUCUUUGAUUCCUAUGGUUAUCUUAUGAAAUUACAAAUCGGUACACCUCCUGUGGAGAUCGAAGCUAUCUUAGGCACAGGAAGCGAGAUCAUGUGGACAAAUUGUUUGCCUUGUAGUAACUGCGUUAAACCAAGCGGUACUGUAGUAUUCGACCCUUCAAAAUCCUCGACCUACAAAGAGAGAAUAUGCGAUGGCAAAUCUUGUCCGUAUGAGAUGGCCUACUCAAACAAAAGCUAUACAAAAGGGACAUUUGCAACCGAGACUAUCAGGAUCAAAUCAACUUCAGGCAAGCCCUAUGUAAUGCCUGGAACCACCUUUGGAUGUUCCCACAACUCCUCAGUAGAUUUUAAAACAGUCCCUUCGGGGAUUGUUGGUCUAAACUGGGGAUCUUUCUCACUUUUGUCUCAAAUGGGUGAAGACAUGCUAGGUCUCAUGUCUUACUGCUUUUCUGGUGAGAGAGGAACUAGUAAGCUCAACUUCGGAAGUAAUGCUAUUGUGUCGGGAGAUGGGACUGUAGCAGCCAAUAUGUUAAGGAAGAAGGAGGCAUAUUCUAUGUAUUACCUAAACCUAGACGCUGUCAGCGUUGGGAAGGUUCGAGUUGAAACAUUGGGGACACCGUUUCAUGCCACAAACGGGAACAUUUUCAUUGACUCUGGAACAACUUACACCUACUUGCCCGAUAGCUACUGCAACAAAGUGAGGGCGGCAGUGGAAAACGUUGUGAAAGCAGAACGAGUAGCUGCCCCGGACAACAUGCUUUGCUACAGAACCACUAACAUGGAUUUGUUUCCAGUCAUAACAAUGCAUUUCCAAGGUGGUGCGGAUCUUGUUCUGGAUAAAUACAAUACGUUUAUCAUCAAUAAUGGAAAGUUCAUUUGUCUGAUAAUUUUUUGUCGUCCUCGAGCAGUUUUCGGUAACAGAGCACAAAACAAUUUUUUAGUUGGGUAUGAUACUUCGUCACAAUUGGUUUCUUUUAAACCCACUAACUGUUCAGCUUUGUGGAGUUAG